CAGCCCUACUUGUACCCAGACAAUCUAAUAAGAAUUAUCCAAUUAUCAAGGGAUUCCAAGGUUCGCCUGACCUUUUUCCUCUUUGGGUAUUGAGCUAAGCAAAAUACUACUUGCGGUAGGUACAGUACCUGUCUCGUCCUGCCCUUGCCUUGCCUUGCACUCUGCCCACCACUUUUCUCAAGAUUUUGAUAUCUCGAGCUUCAUUUCACUACCCCCGUAUCUAUCCAUUUCCCCAGUGUGACUCUUUGCUGGAUAAGGAAGGAACAUCUCAAAGGAUCCCGUGUGGUUGCUUGGUGUUGAUAAAAAGACAAGCAAAUCUCUCUUGUAUGCUAUUUGCCCUCAAACUUCUAUAUCCAAGACUUCUUUCAACUAUACACAAAGGUCAUUUGACGUCCCAAUUUACUACUACAUCAAAGUUUUUAAAUCUUUCAAACCACCCUGCUCUAACACAUCUACCAAAAUAUUCUGUCGCCAUGGCUGAGCACACAAAUGUUCCUUAUAAAUCUCAAAAUGUGGAAGAAGUUCAAACACUUCUUCGAAAUCUCAAUGAUAGCGCCGGCAAAGGAAAGAAACAUGGUUUUAGUUGCAAGAAAACUCCUUUCCAGGUCGAUGGAUCUCCAGCAAGAAUUGUGGUCGAAUCUUGGCGUUUUCAGGAUUGGGACUACAAGCGACAGGAUUUACCUACAUACGCACGAGGUCUUUUCACCAGUAAGAAUGAAAAGGGUCAGCCAGAGAUUGUAGUUCGUGGUUAUGAUAAAUUCUUCAAUACGGAAGAGGUCAGUUCUACGAAAUGGAACCAAAUCGAAGCCAACACCAAGGGUCCUUAUGAAUUGAGUCUCAAAGAAAAUGGAUGUAUUGUCUUUAUUAGCGGUCUUCACGACGGCACUCUAUUGGUUUGUAGCAAGCAUUCUACCGGCCAAGGAAAUAACCUAGAAAUGAGCCACGCAAAAGCUGCUGACAGAUGGGUCGACAAACAACUUCAAGCCAUUGGAAAAACCCGGAAUGAUCUCGCCAGAGAGCUAAGAAAAAGAAAUGCCACUGCGGUUGCCGAGCUUUGCGAUGAUGAUUUCGAGGAGCACAUUUUAGCUUAUGGUAAAGAUGACGCAGGGCUUUAUCUUCACGGUAUCAAUAUCAACUUGCCAGAGUUUAUGACCUACCCUGGAGAACAAGUUCAAGCUUUUGCAGCCGAAUGGGGAUUCAAGAAGACUGAUUUCUUGAUGAAGGAAGACAUCCAAGUCGCCAAAUCCUUCCUCGACGACGUAGCUGAAACUGGAUCUUAUCAAGGACGUGAUAUCGAAGGUUUCGUCAUUCGUUGCAAGGCUCGUACGAGAUCAAAUGAGUCAUAUUCAGAUUGGUUCUUCAAGUACAAAUUCGAAGAGCCAUAUCUAAUGUAUAGACAAUGGCGUGAAUGCACAAAGGCCUUGAUUUCCGGAAAGCCAGCUCGAUUCAGAAAGCAUGUCAAGAUCACAGAAGAAUACCUUCUCUUUGCACGAAAACGCCUUGCCGAGGAUCCUAAGUUGGGAAAAGAGUAUGCACAUAAUCAUGGUAUUAUCAAGUUGAGAGAUGAUUUCCUGAAGGAAAUUAAGAUGAAAGGUUCGGAUAUUAUUCGUCAAGAAUAUUCUCAACUUGGAGGUUCGCCAGAUGAAGUGCAUAAUAAUGUUAUUCUAUGUCCAGUUGCAACAAUUGGUUGUGGAAAGACAACCAUUGCGCUUGCACUCACUCAUCUAUUUGGUUGGGGUCAUGUUCAGAAUGACAACAUUACCGGCAAGGGUCGUCCACCUCGAUUCACUAAGGAGAUUUUGACACAGCUCGAAGAAAAGUCUGUUGUCUUCGCUGAUCGAAACAAUGCCUCAAGACAUGAACGAAAGCAACUGAUUGAUGAUGUACAUAUUACUCAUCCACAUGUUCGACUCGUCGUCUUGAAUUUUGUUCACGAUAGGGCAAGCAUCGAGAAAGUUCGACAAGUUACUCAAGAUCGAGUAAUUAACCGCGGUGACAACCAUCAGACUCUCCAAGCAGCAUCAGAUACGAAGAAAGUCGUUGGUAUCAUGGAAAGCUUCAUUCAACGCUUUGAACCAGUAAAUAUAUCUGCACCACCAGAUGAUGGAUUCGACUAUUCUAUCGAACUGGAUCCUACUAAGGACUCACGAGAGAAUCUUGAGACUGUUGUUGGACAGCUUUCAGCGCAGUUUCCAAAACUUUUUAUCGAUUUUCCCACGAGCGAGGAUCUUGAUGAGGCAAUCCAAUUUGCAUUGAGCGAUUACAAACCAGAUCUCAGACAUGAAGUUGGUCGUGGACCACCUAAUAACCACAAUAAGAAUCAACAGAAAGAGAACAGAAAUCCAAGCCAGCAAUCACAGAUUGCAAAGAAGAGGAAACCAUUAGAAUACGUAUCUAUUGACCUUCCUCGGAACGAUAUCAAGCAGACGCUUGACGAUACUUUCGGUCGGGCAUCUUCGAACCAAGCAGGAUUUUACAGAGCCCUAGAGGGAAUGCGACGAAUUCAACCAGAAUUUCACGUCACUCUUAUUCAUCGAGCUAACUCCAAACAAUUCCCUGAGUUGUGGCAGAAAUACAGCGAUUUGCACGCGGAUCAAGUUUCUAAAGAUUCAUGGAGUCCGGGAACUGGAUUUGGCAACUGCCAAGUUAUGCUGGAGAGAAUCGUAUGGGAUGACCGUAUCAUGGCAAUCGUUGCUAGAAUUAUCGAUGAUGGAUGGGAAUGCACGAAUGAAGUAGCACAUAUUACUGUUGGUACAAGAGGAAAUGAUGUUAAACCCAAGGAAAGCAAUGAUUUGUUGAAGCGUUGGCUUGCGCAGGGAAGUGGGGAUGAGAGUGGAAUUGGAGAGAUUGCUAUUGAGGGUAGGAAGACUGUUCAAGGAGUUGUUAAGGGCAAUCUUUCUAGAUGAGAGGAUAGGUGGUGAAAUGAAUGUUUGUGGGUCGGAGUGGAUGGAUAGAAGGAACGGAUGGAGGGUGGAGGAAAAGUGAUUUUUAGAGAUUCGGCGGAUAUGAUACCAGAAUAUCUUCGCUCUGUUAUUUUUGGCAUGAAUAAAUGCAUAGGACUUGAAUCAUUAGGAUUCAUGAAUAAACGCAACAUCUUCUCUUUCAAGUUAGCCGCCGUGUGCGGUUCUAGUUGAGAAGUAUGCGAUUUGAAGUGCCAUCUUACAUCAGCCAACCCGUCAAGAUCCAGGAGAAACCCACACACUCUUUCUCUCUGAAACCGCCUCUUCAAAGCCCCUCCGCGUUCGUAAAUGACUCUUGCGUGAAACUGUAUCUUAAUAUCAUUAUCAGUAUCGAUCAAUAGCCUAAACUAUCAGCCCCCAAUCCCCACUCCCUACCCUCCAUCAAAUGACCACUCGUUUAUUGCUUUUAAGUCUCCACAUGAACUAGCAAAUGCAGUCGCACUCGCCAUAAGGUUACCACACUACACUACACUUCAUACUGCGGUGCUGCAGUAUCAUUGUAGGCGUUGCGAGUUUAUUGAAGGCGUUUGUGGUGGAUGAUGUGAGGGGUUGGUGGAUGUAGAUUGGUAGAGGAUGGAUGUGGUGGAGUUGGUGAUGGGUGAGUGAGUGAUAUAUUGAUGUACUGUUGUGGAAUUGAUAGUUCGAUAGUUCGACAUUGAAAGGGGGGGGGUUCGGAGAUGAGGAGUUGGGAGGUGGGAAGUAGUGGAAGUGAUGGAUGAUGGGAUUAUGAGUAUGUUAGACUUGACAUAUUUUGAGGAGUGAGGAAGAGAGGAAGUAAGUAAGAAUCAAACCGACAAUUAACCAAAACACUAGAAAGAAGAGAGAUAGAAAGAGAACGAAAGAAAAUUUCAAGGAACUAUAAUCCCC